GCAUUUUUCCAUUGCUAACUGUACAGUCGCGGAUGCACGUCGAUUUGAAGCGUUCCGUACACUAUCAGACCCGGCCUGGCCCACUGUUGCUUCACUUUCUGUUCUGCAGCGAAAAAUCCCUCGUUCUCAUCUCGAAACCCCCGAGAGCGCUCUCAGUCGCCUUUCGCUAUUGUGCGUGCAAAGAACCUUAGCCGCGUUUGUCCUCUUACUACUACCAGCACUGUAGCAGCAGCAACAGCAGCAACAGCAGCAUCAGCUAUCAGCUCAAAACAGUUCGUUUGGAUGCUCUGAAACUCAUAUCACAAUCUGCUUUACAAUCAAAUCGGCAGUGAUGAAAAUAACAAAAGCCAACGCUCUACCACAACCGCAAACCAACGAUGAUAAUCGUUACGAGCCUCGGUGAAGAAAGCGUGUGCACCAAUGCUAACAGUUGGCAAUUUUUGUGUUAACCUCUACUACGAUGGUAGUACUGUGCGACAGUUUUGCUUUCCCCGGGUCUGAUCACAGUCGCGAACAGGCCGUGUUGCGAAUCGGAAGUGCGUAAAGUAUCAGUCCGCUGACAGUGCUGAGUGCAGUUGAUAGUUGGUGUGUAAGGAAUGUUGUGAUUGUGCUGCUUCCCACGGGUGUCUUAUUGUCCACGAUCGUUGAGUAAUGCACGCGCCAAUUACCAGGCGCCAAUGUUUGAAAGUGAACCAUACGCGCAGGUGCCUCGGUAGAAAGUGACGUGAUCAGAACGUACUCUUUUAAUCGGUCGCGAAGCGAAAAGGUUUGAUCGUUUACCCCACAAACUAGACCGUUUGUGCUCGUGAUCGUGAGUAUGGCAGAACCGCCCCACGGGUCCGCUCAAAACACCAACGACAGCUUGAUCGCGAUGAACGCUCAGGCGGAACCGGGCGUUACCGAUCUGGUCGAGAUGCGUCGGCUGGAACCGCUCGAGCUGGGCUACGCAGAGGACGGUACGGCCAGCGUAUCGGAGGUGGACGGUCGGCGAAAGACACGGGCAAGUCAAACGCAAACGUACGACAUCCACAAGGGAAUUGCCGAAAGUGCCAUGGACAUAUCGCUGCUGACGGCGAACGCGAACCAGCUGCGGCUGCUGAUGACGUACAACGAGAAGUCGCACACGUACGUGGCCUGCAUUGCGCUCGUUAUAAGCUCGCUGGUGUUGCAGAUUUUUGUGGCCAGUGGUGUUAUCAUUAUAAAGAGCUAUCCACGAUCGAAGCCAAAUCGUAGAAUUCACAAGCUAAAAGUGUGCACCUCCAUACUGGUGUCGAUCAUCACGGUCAUAAACAUUCUGGUGGCUUCGCUCGUCAUCACGGAUAAGUAGUUGACCCGCAGUCACUAAGAACAUCCCCCUCCAACGCGUGGUUUAGCCGUUAUAAACUGCUUAUAAAACCAACACACCUGUAGCUGUAAGCGUAUUUAGAUGGCGUAACGCUUGACAAGCGUUACGCGCCUAAUGUGAUUCCAAUCUCGAAACAGCUAGCUUUAAAGGAGCUGCUUGACUUCCAGUUUUUUUGCGGAUACAAUUAUCGUACUCGACACGCAAACGUAGCAAUCCAUUGUAUCUAUGUACAAAGCCCCAGUUCAGUCUUACACUACCUGCACUACUGCCCCGUGUGAUCGAUGUUCAUUCCACCACCAGAACCGACAGCGUAAAGAUGACCAGCAACAGCACCACGAUUUACAGAACCAAACCUACCGACGCUGCUGCCAAUCAGCAUCGUCUUGAAGUGGGCACCCCCAUCGAGCACGGAUCAUCCCGUUCGGCAUCGGAGGAGCUAACGUACGACAGUGCCGGAUCCGAGUACUAUCUGGCCCUCAGCUACACCGGGUACGACUUCUUCCGAUGUGUCGUCGAAAUCGCGCUCAGUGUGUCCUUUCUGGCGGCAAACAGUAAUCUGCUCCGGCUGCUGGUUAGCUUCAAGGAGACGGAAUCGUUCAUCGCCACCGAGGUGCUGGUGACGGUUUCGAUCGUGCUGCAGAUACUGGUGGCGAUCUCCGUUAUAACGAUCACGGUAGGAGGGAGUGUUACUUGAAAGUUUUAAUACCAUAACCCUGAUUGGCGUUAUAUCUUACAGCAGGUGAACGAUCCGAGUCGAUACGCAAAGAUGAAAGCAUUUGCCGUGACGGGUGCGAUCAUCAUUUCGCUCGUCAAUCUGCUGAUACCGUUCAUGAUCAAUGUGGAGCAUUCGCGGAUUGAUUUCGAGGAGAUCUAUCGGAGCCUUGGUGAACGUGCAGGACAACAGUAGUUUUUAAGGCUUUAGGACAUUAGAAGUGGAUAUUAUUUUAAUAAAGAUAUAAGCAUUAUUUUUGUUACUUUUUAAAA